AUGGAGCAUGAAUGUGAGCAACAGCACUUCAGUCCACUGGUUUUCACUUCCCACACAGGAAGAGUAUUCCAGGUAGAUAUUGAUGAGACUUCGCCAUUAUCGCCAAAACAUGGCAGAUCCAACAGCAUAGUGUCAAUUGUCGAGCUGAGGGCUUCAUCUCCAUCUCCUCUGGGGCCUCCUAUCCUAGGAGGAUUUGAUGGUCAUGGAUCCGAGAGUCCACAAUGUCCAAAGUAUGUCCUCAAUUUGAGCAAUCAAUUAAGAACUAUCAUGCCAGCAUCAAAACUUAGUAUGCCUGGUCAGAUACACAAAGGCAAACGCAAAGCGUACCUGAUCAAUAGUAUGCUAACAAAUUUGCAGAAUUGGACCUUCGCACCAUAGAAAUCGUUCCUCAUGCGGAGGCCCUCCUCUCAUUUCCAUCACGACUCCUAGCCAACUAAGUCAGGGAGUGUCAAAUUUAAGCAUACAAUCAUCAUCCUCUCGGAAGCAAGCACAAAAUUCCUUAUGUGAUGACUUCGACGAAAAUGAGGAGUUUGAUGUUUGCAGGGCUUAUAUGGUUUAUAAUGAAUAUGGCGAACUGGUUGAUGCUCACAGCCAUCUUCAGACUCGAAAUACUCAGGAUUUAUCUGUCACCGAGAUAUUGAGAUUGAUUAGAAAGGCAUAUCACCAUGAUGUUAGUUCCUCUUGCAUCCUUGACUGUUGCGGGGCUUGCACUGGGCAUCGUUGAAGGUGGCUUGGAGCUUUUAUGCUGACUUCAUAAUAAUAGUUUAGGGCGAGAAUGAAUGAUAUUGAACAGAUCAAGGGCCAAAGCUCAUUGAGCUCAGAAAAGGGCAAUUUAACAUGGGAGGAAAAACUGUCAUCUUGGGAGUACAAUCCGAGCGCAUCUGUAAAGACUACGCCUGUCAAUGGAGACCUAAAGACUGUUCCUGUAUAUCAAGGACCACCUCGUGUCUUGGAGGUAUGUAUUACCUGCUAUCUACCAGUUCCGUGCUAACAGGUUUAGAUUGGUUGUAGUGACGGGAGUUGGUGUUUCAAGGUCAAGGAGGAUCAGCCCGAUUGGACAGUGGAGGGAGUCGAUGAGACAGAUCACUGGUCUUGUAUACAAAGAGACAUUCAAUUAAAGUAUAACGCCUUCUAUUUUAAGGAUCGAUGUUGGGAUUCAGCAUGCUAAUCAAUAAUAGGGAUUUUAUCAUCACAGCUCCGGAGAUGGAUGUGUCAGAUUACUUCAGCCGUGUUAAUUCUUCACAAACACAAACCGCUCCGGAUUUCAAUGUUCGAAACCUUAAUUGUCUCAUAGCACAUCCAGAUCCUAUUCCACACAAUCUAUACUCCUUCAUCCGUGGAAGAGAUGUAUUUGAUAGAGUUGAAAGUUACAAGAGUUUUCUAGAUGACGUUCGCUUGUGAGUAACUUCCUGCGAGGUAUAGACAUGUACCAUAUAUGAAUACUAACAUUUGAUAGAAUUCUCCAGCCCGGUGGCGUUGUAGAGUUCCUUGAAGUAGACCCUAGGCCAAGGUCCAAAUUGGCCGGUCACACUUCGAUUAGACGUGGAGAUUAUCACCAGAGUGAAGCUCAGACUGACUGGACCGACAAUAUCGCCGAUCGACUCAAGCAACCAAAUCACGAUGGAGAACUUGCAAAGACAGUACCAGGCUGGAUGGAAAGAGUCAUAGAACGUCACAAGGCAAUACUUCGUCCACGAGGUGGAAUUCCUGCGGUUAAGCUAAAGUCUUGGCUAGAAGGGGCUGGGUGAGCUAAUUGAUGCGUAUCGUGAGGGCAAGCUAAUAUUAUAUAGGUUCUGGGAUGUGAAAGAGAUUGUACAUCGAUUACCUGUAGGUGGUACCACAAUUCCUGGUCAGCGAUUGAAAGACUUUAUUCUAUACCAGAUUGGGCUGGAGAAUGAUAUACCACAGGUGCCACUUUCUUAGACCCCUUGACUUUUCGCCGCUGAUUGGAAUUUUAGCUUCGCGAGAGGUUGUUACCUGUUGAAAUGGAAGAGAUCGAGAGCGGCAACUACUACCUCACUCUGCACAUUGUGACAGCACGCAAGCCACGCUCACCCCGAGCAGGCGAUCUUCUCAUGGACGGCACCAGGCAGGAAAUGACGGAUAUAAAAUAUGAUCAGAUGGCUCGCGGCAAUGAAUUGAAGAACCAAGCAGGGUGGAAAAGGUUGUCUUGAGAAAGAAAUGGCCUUUGACCUUGUAUAUGCUAACCUAUUUGGAUAGAUUCGAAUUAGGUCGCAUCUCUGAAAUGAUGACUUCCUUCGAGGAACAUCAUCCUGGGAAUAUUCCCAACUCGUCACCGCUCUCUCACCUCCGAGAGCCUGAUAAAUCUGGGGCGACAGCAGGGUUUUGA